CCAUUCACGCAAGAGACAAACUUCAGGAUUUCUCCUCCUUCCAAACUUCUGUCCCAUGAUGACUGCAGUGCUCUGCCCUCAUUUUAUCAGAAAGUCCUCCCAUUUAGCAUCCCUGCUAUUUCUCCUUCUGCUCGCUGGGCCGAGCAGCACGACAGCGCUCGGUCCUCAUCGAGUGAAGGCAGGGCUGGACGGACGAGCGAGGGCUGAGGGCAAGGUUAGAUCUGGAGUAAAAGACAAGGGCGGGGACAGGGCUAGUAUUGAGGGCAACACUGAAACUGGAUUUAGAGAUACUCGUGUUUCUAGACCAGGAGCUGCAGUGGGAGAGGAUGGUGAGGUUUGGGGGGAUCCUGGUACUAGUAAUGGCUUCAGGUCCAUGCUUUCUAUAGGUGAAGGUGGACUGUGGGAGCCCCGCAGUUCCUCUCGCUGUGUCCCUAUCCCAUCAGGCAUGGCUUUGUGCCAAAACAUUGGAUAUGACACCAUGAGGAUGCCCAACCUGCUGGGGCAUGAGUCUCCAGCUGAGGCUGUGCAACAGAGUGCUAGCUGGCUGCCACUACUUGCUAGAGAGUGCCACCCUGAUGCCCGCAUCUUCCUCUGCUCACUCUUUGCACCCAUCUGCCUCGACAGGUUUAUAUCACCCUGCAGGAGUUUAUGUGAGUCUGUACGGGACAGCUGUGCACCAAUCAUGAGUUGUUAUGGUUACCCCUGGCCAGACAUUCUGCGCUGUGACCAGUAUCCUGCAGAACAUCGCAUGUGUAUCUCCUCUAUCACCAACAGCACAGUUCACACAGGGGGACGUAGAGUGCCCCAGGCGAGCUGUCGGGAUUGUGAGCUGGAGGAGGCCUCCUCUUCAAAAGACACACUGGAAACCUUUUGUAGGAGUGAUUUUGUUGUGAAACUGCGUCUAAGACGGCUGAAGUACAGCCCAGUGAGUCUGUCUCAGUUCUCGCUGGCUGCCAAAUUGGACGUUCUAAAGCAUGGACCCCUGUUAGGUGGGCAGAUCCGCUCCCGCAUAGAGCUGUGGCUGGAGAGGGAUGCCACCUGUGUAAGGAACAUGACAAGGCACCACGCACGAGGCGGGACCUUCCUAGUGACAGGCACAGUGCAGGGGGAGCGCCUGGUGGUCAAUAAGGCUUAUGCCUGGCAAAGACGAGACAAGAACCUGAUGGCAGCUGCACGAAAAUGGAAACAUCACAGAUGCAGGAGCUAGGAUUAUGUGCUAGGUUAGAAAAUUCAAAAGAACUGAAAUGUGGAACAAGCAUUAAACAGCUAUGCAUAGAGAAAGGCCAGACAUAGCAUGUAGAAUUCGACUAAAUACUUACAACUGUGAAUUAUGCUUGGUCUAGUCUUUUGAAAGAAUUUCCAAAUUUCUGUGGUUAUGGAAGAGAUAACAAUAUGCAGUCAGCUCUGCUGGACACAAAGGAGCUCAUGAAGUACCAACACAGUGUCUCUCCAGCAGUGGAGGGCAAAGAAAAAAAAAGAUGUUUAAUGGAGAAUGUACAUAUUUGUGAAUUUUAAGUAAAUAUCGCUGGUCUAUAUUCGUAUGACUUUGAGAAAAAAAUU